AAAUAAUCCAAAUAAUAUUCCUCCAUUUGGAAGAAUACGGCCAGAUCUCAUCGUCCCUUUCGUCCCCUUUCCAAAUUUAUUACUAUUAAUUGUUUUAUUCCUUUUUCCAUUCUACCAUAACAGCCACUCAUUGGCAAUCACUGUAAAAACAUAGUAAUCGCCAUGCAAAAUCCCAACGGUCCUCCCCCGGGAGCAAUCCCGAUACCCAUAGGCCCUGGCGGCCAGAUGCCAUCACCUCAGCAGAUCGCUGCUAUGCAACAACAGCUAGCUGCUGAAGCUCAGAAGCAUGGCAUGACUGUCCCCCAAUUUGUCGAACAUAUCAAGGCGCAACGUAUAGCACAGAUGCAACAAGCUCAGAGACAGCAACAACAACAAGGUGGUCAAGGUCAACAAGGAGGACCUCAAGGACCACGUCCAGGUCCUCCUCCGGGUGCCCAAGGUCAACCUCAACCUAUCCGUCCCGGUCCCCCUAACCCUGUCGCAAUUGCUCUGGCAAACUUCUUAAAGGGUCAACAGUUGAAGCCACGUACAUGUAUUCUUAAUGGAGAGCGCAAGGAUAUGUUCAGAGUCAAGCGAGCUCUCCGCGCUCUUGAGUCUCCUGCCUAUGCAAAGGCCCGCUCGAAAAACCCUGCGCUCCCCGAAAUCACAGAUCGCGCAUCGCUCGAGAAUACCUUCAAGCUACUUCCCAUGUCCAUGUUAGCCCUGCGCGUUAGUAAAAUUGACCCCCACGAAGGUCACGACCAUGCUCCCAAGAAGGGAAAGAGAAUUAAGGGACUCUGGACAGUGAAGAUUGAACAACAACAGGAUGCCCAUGAUGAUAUGUAUUAUGUCUGGCUCUAUGAGGGUAGCCAGAUUAUGCGCAAGGUCUAUGGUGCUCUCGCCCUGGUUCUUAUCUUCACGGUUGUCCUCUAUCCCUUAUGGCCGCUUGUUUUGCGACAAGGUGUCUAUUACCUUAGUUGGGGAUUCCUAAUGCUUCUCGGUCUCUUCUUCCUCAUGGCAAUCUUCCGUGUCAUUCUUUUCUGUAUUACGUACUUCGUUGUUCCUCCCGGACUAUGGCUCUACCCCAAUCUAUGGGAAGACGUCUCUUUCAUGGACAGUUUCCGACCGGUCUGGGCUUGGCAUGAGACAACGAAGCCCAAGAAAAAGAAGAAGGCAUCCAAGUCCGUCAAUGCUGAAUCGGCUGCUCAGCUUGCGGGUCAGACAGGUCACCCCCCUCCUGCGACUGCUACCACUACCGCGACAACUACACAAGUGCAGACUGCCCCACUGCAAAGAUCUUAUGUUGCACCGAAGGUCGAGGAGCUCGCCGACGACGAAUAAGCAACAUCAGUCGUAGCAUAUUUGCAAGGCGUUCAAGGAGUUAGGUCGAUAUGGAAAAACGAGUGUAAAAUAGGAACAGUUGCUCUAGAACGCCGCAUCAUAUAAUAGUCCGGAAUGGGAUAUCGGCCAAUUUCUCUAAUUAUGAACUUCAUCCAAUGACCCUCAGUGGCUAGGUUUAAUUCACAAAGUCAUUGAGCAUUGUGGAGCUGUCUCGCCUUAUGCAUACCCAAGUAUGUAAUGACGAUCGCACUACCUUCUGCCCAUAAUUAUAAGGUGA